AUGCCUGGAAGACUGACCGUUUCGUAUUUCUUGGAUUGGGUGGUAAUAAUUGCUGUUGCAGUUGCAGGAGGUGUCCUAGGUCGUGUGAAAGGCUUCCAUCGGCCUUUCUCGGUCAACGAUGUUUCCAUUGCGUUCCCGAGCAAGAGGAACAUCAUCUCAGUUCCCGUGCUCAUCAUUGUUGCUCUCGUGGUCCCCAUGGCGUCCAUUAUGAUCUUGUCGUUGGUACAGGCACCCAGGGACCCUCUGACGAAGUCUAGAUGGCGGGCUGCUUUGUGGAGAGUUCAUGCUGGGUGGCUUGGCCUAUGUGCUGCUCUUGCUGCAACGGUGUUCGUCACCAACGGCCUCAAAGAUCUCACAGGCAAGCCUCGACCAGAUCUACUGGAUCGAUGCGACCCAGAUUUCUCGGCAAUUGCAAAAUAUGCCGUUGGCGGACUUGACCUUUCGAAAGCCACACCAUUAGUAACGUCCGGAAUCUGCACGCAAACAAACAAGCGCUUCCUCGACGACGGGUUUGCUUCCUUUCCGUCUGGACACUCAUCCUUCGCCUGCGCAGGACUCUUGUACCUUAGUUUGUGGCUCUGCGCAAGGCUGUCAGUCGCGAUUCCUUGGCCAAAAUUCGAUCAUCCUUCCGUGCUGCGGAGCCGCCGUCCAUCAGCUCCACCACUCUGGGAGGUAGUUGUGGUGCUGCUCCCGUACGCGACAGCACUAUUCGUAAGUGCAACUCGAUACACCGACUUCCAUCACGCAGGCUUCGAUAUUAUUGCAGGGAUCGCGCUCGGAAGUCUGAUAGGAUGGGGCAGCUUUCGCUUGUACCAUAUGCCAGUCAGACGCAGCCAGCAAGGGACGCCGACCUGGGAUCCGAGAUCAUACCAGCAUGCUCUUAUCGCCGAGGUGCAGCGCGAUGGAGGCGAGCAGUCUUCUCAGAAUCGCGAGGGGGGGACAACUUUCACUCUGAGGGAAAUGAGGUUGGCAGAGGAAUUGACGGCGCAGCGUGGAAGAAGCAAUGCUUCCGAAAGGCCUAUCCUGGAUCGCAGUACUUCCGACAUGCCGAUUCUACCGCACACUGCGUCCGAGCAUGUGUGA